AUGGAACAAAAAGGAGACAGGAAAAAGAAAAAAAAAAAAAAGGAAAAAGAAAAGGACCCCAGCUAUUUCUCCGAUACCAUAACAUUUUGUGGAACUUUUAUGCGUGACUCUAUGAUAAGCGCAGCCGAAGUUGUUCAAAAUAAUUAUUAUCCCAUUAAAGAAUCGUUAAUAAAUAUAUACGAUCAGUAUUUUAGUGAGAACAACCACCACAGUAAUACUCGCAUUACUGGGAACGUCCCAAUUUUUAUGGUGAAGGCAAGUGAUAUAAAGCCAAAAUAA